UUUGCUUGAUCAUUGAUGCCGGUUCUCAUCACAUUUACCAAAUAAAACCGAAAAAAGCAGCACACAGUUUACAAAUAAAUUCCGUAAAACGGAUGUAUUUCAAUAGUGCGCAGUAAAUAGAUUGAAGUCAAUAUGAAGUUGAGUGUGGAUGGUUUGCUGGUGUAUUUUCCAUAUGAAUACAUUUAUCCAGAGCAAUAUGAGUACAUGUUGGAGCUGAAGCGAACUCUUGACGCAAAGGGACAUUGUUUGCUUGAAAUGCCCAGUGGGACCGGGAAAACGGUGACAUUGUUGUCGUUCAUUGUUGCCUACAUGAUGGAAAAUCCAAAUAUCAUACGAAAAUUGAUUUAUUGUUCGCGUACUGUGCCCGAAAUCGAAAAAGUUAUUGCCGAAUUGAAAACUCUAAUGGAAUACUACGAAAAACAUUCAACCGUACAACCAAAUAUGACCGGUUUGGUGCUUAGCUCACGUAAGAAUAUGUGCAUACACCCCGAUGUAUCAAAAGAACGAGAAGGAAAGGCAGUCGAUGGAAAGUGUUAUGGAUUAACAGCUGCUCAUGUGCGCGAACGAAGUAAACAUGAUGAUACGGUGCCAAUUUGUCAGUAUUAUGAAGGUUUCGAUAUUGAAGGACGCGAAUCAUUUCUACCAGUUGGCAUUUACAAUUUGGAUGAUUUGAAACAGUAUGGACGUGAUCGAAAUUGGUGCCCAUAUUUUACAGCACGUUAUGCCAUAAACAAUGCACACAUCAUUGUUUACAGUUACCAUUAUUUGUUGGAUCCGAAAAUCGCUGAGGUUGUGUCAAAACAAUUGUCGCGUCAGGUUGUCGUUGUAUUCGAUGAAGCUCACAACAUCGAUAACGUAUGCAUCGACUCAAUGAGUGUGAAAAUCAAUCGUCGGACCAUCGAACGGGGACAAACGGCACUCAAUAAAUUGGAGCAAUAUGUCAAAGAAAUCAAAGAAGAAGACGAAAAUCAAUUGCAAAGAGAAUAUCAAAAUAUGUUGGAUGGUUUAAGAAAGGCCAGUGAAGAAAAGGAUGCCGAUAUGGUUCUUGCGAAUCCAAUCCUUCCAGAAGAUAUACUCCAAGGCGCCGUUCCCGGGAACAUAAGAACUGCUGACCAUUUUUUGAGCUUUAUGAAGCGUCUCAUUGAAUACAUAAAAACGAGACUACGUGUGCAGCAUGUAGUGCAAGAGACUCCGGCUCGAUUUCUCAAAGACAUUCAACAAAAAGUGUGCAUCGAACGAAAACCGCUGAGAUUUUGUGCAGAGAGAUUGGCAUCAUUGAUGCGAACAUUGGAAAUCACCGACAUGACAGACUACGGAGGAUUGGUUGUUAUUUCACACUUUGCCACAUUAAUAUCCACAUACACAAAAGGAUUUACAAUUAUUGUAGAGCCAUUCGAUGACAAAACGCCAACGGUCAUCAAUCCGAUUUUGCAUUUUAGCUGCUUGGACUCAUCGAUCGCAAUGAAACCAGUAUUUCAGCGAUUUCAAAGUGUUGUAAUCACAUCGGGUACGUUGUCGCCCAUUGAUAUGUAUCCGAAAAUUCUAAAUUUCACACCAGUUCUAAUGAGCUCAUUCACCAUGACCUUGGCGAGACCAUGUUUAUUACCCAUGAUUGUAUCAAAAGGUAACGACCAAGUGGCCAUAUCAUCGAAAUUUGAAACUCGCGAGGAUACAGCGGUUAUAAGAAAUUAUGGACAAUUAUUGGUGGAAACAGCGAGAGUUGUGCCAGAUGGUGUUGUAUGUUUUUUCACCUCGUACUUGUAUUUAGAAUCAGUUGUCGCAUCAUGGUAUGACCAAGGCAUUGUCGACCAGUUGCUCAAGCAUAAACUGUUGUUUAUCGAAACACAAGACAGUGCAGAAACAUCGUAUGCUUUGAUGAAUUAUGUGAAAGCAUGUGAUUGUGGUAGAGGUGCUAUUUUAUUGGCCGUUGCUAGAGGCAAAGUUUCCGAAGGAGUAGAUUUUGAUCAUCAUUAUGGCCGAGCUGUACUUAUGUUUGGGAUACCCUACGUAUAUACCCAGUCAAGAAUAUUGAAAGCACGUUUGGAGUAUUUACGAGAUCAAUUUCAAAUUCGCGAAAAUGACUUUCUCACCUUUGAUGCUAUGCGGCACGCUGCGCAGUGUGUGGGUCGUGCAUUACGUGGCAAAACUGACUAUGGUAUAAUGAUAUUUGCUGACAAGCGAUUCUCUCGACAAGAUAAGCGAUCUCGAUUGCCGAAAUGGAUACAAGAGCAUCUAACCGACAAUUAUGUGAAUUUAAGCACAGAGGAAGCGAUGCAAACAGCGAGAAGAUGGUUACGUCAAAUGGCUCAACCAUUUUCGCGUGAAGAUCAACUGGGUAUUUCGUUGCUAACGCUGCAGCAACUUGAAGCGUUGGAACGUGAAAAGGCUAAAAAUAAGGCCGCCGAUGGAGAUGAUGACGCACACGCUGGUAAUGGAAAUAAAGGGAAUGGCAAGCGUCAUGAUGAACAUGACGAUGAUGAAGAUGAUGCCGAUAUGAUGGAAAUUUUAUAAUUUUCUGAAAAAGAACAUAGUUUUAUAUGAAAUUGAAAUAAAAAACAAAUU